AAUCAAAAACACCAACACCAAGUUCCCUUCUUCUUCCAUCAUUCCCAGAAAAAUCAUAUACAACUUUCUCUCUCCUCUUCUCUCUGUUCUUCACUUCUUCCCAGAAAAAUAAAAUCAUCCAUAAAAACUUUUACCCAUUUUCUCUCUCCUCCCAAAAUUUCCCUCCUUUUUCUUCUUCUACUGAGUGAUGGGUGUGCGAAAUCGGGGUUCUCACACUUCUCACAUCACUGAACUUAUCAUCACUAGCUUUUUCCGUCAUAAGCUUUAGAAUUUUAUUAAAACAUCUUCAAAUUCCUACUUCUUAGAAAUACCCUUUAAUUAUCAACUAUGGCUUUAUAAAAUUUGCAACUUUUUUUAGCUAAAAUUGUAUUUAUAUAAGUCAAGAAGAAGGCAGAAGUUAUGGCAGGCGCAGGUGUUGGAAGAGUCUUUUCUGGUUCUUCUGGCGGCGUAGGAGCUUCUUUGCUGUAUAAUUCGAGGCUUCCUAGUUCUUCACAGUCUCCUGAUUCCUUUUUCAUUUCUGGGUCUUCUUCUAAUUUUCUGGGCUCGAGCUCAAUGGUCAGUUUCGAGGAUGUUUAUGGAGGAAAAAGAUCAGAGAGGCCAUUCUUCUGCACAUAUGAUCCAGAUGAGAAUGGAGAUGAAGAUUUCGAUGAUUACUUCCACCAGCCAGAGAAGAAACGUCGCUUGUCUGUCGAGCAAGUCCAGUUCCUGGAGAAGAGCUUCGAGGUUGAGAACAAGCUCGAGCCAGAGAGGAAGGUUCAGCUCGCGAAGGACCUUGGCUUGCAGCCGCGGCAAGUUGCCAUCUGGUUCCAAAACCGAAGAGCAAGGUGGAAGACUAAGCAAUUGGAGAAGGAUUUUGAUAGUUUGCAAUCAAACUUUAAUAACCUGAAGUCUGAUUAUGACAAUCUCCUGCAGGAGAAAGAGAAGCUUCAAGCUGAGGUUGUUCACCUAUCAGACAAGCUGCUUUCAAAGGAGAAAAAGCAGGGAGAUGAAUCUGAACCAUCCAACACAUAUGUUGAACCCAAAAUAGUUGAAGAAGAGCCAAUUGUUGAUUCUGCUUCUGAUUGUGAGGAUCACAUAGUAUCAGUCUUUGGGACUAAGCAGGACGAUCUGUGUUCUGCUAAGAGUGAUGUUAUUGACUCUGAUAGCUCCCCUCACUAUGUGGGUGCUAACCAUUCUUCCUUCGGCGAGCCUGGUGACUCGUCCUAUGCUUUUGAAGCAGACCACUCUGAUAUUUCUCAAGAUGAUGAAGACUACUUAAGCAAGAGUCUUCUGCCUUCUUCCCACGUCUUCUCGAAGAUGGGGGAUGUCGAUUAUCCCAACCUGCCUGCCAACUCUUGCAACUAUGGCCUUUCAGGAGAAGAUCAUGCUUCCUUCUUCUGGCCAUGCUGGGAUAUCAAUCUGAAAAUGUAAUAAAUCUCUUAUAAAUAAUAAUCUAAUAUAUAAUGUAUACUUGAAUACCAUACCACUAUCUUGGUGAGUACUGAAUAGAGAGCUGCACACCAUAACAAAUCCAACUAGUUGCAUCCUCCAUAUUCAGCUGCUUGGUGCUGAAUCUCGAUCGAACGUUGGAAAAUGGUGUCUUUUUUUUUUUCCCUUUAAAUUAUGUUUCCUUCUUUUGGUGAUCCCUUUGUAUAAUCUUACUUUUGUUGGAGAGGAUUACCCUUUUGUUUCUCUUUUAUUUUUGGAGUUCAAUGAACUUUAUCUGAACGUUAAAUAUGUGAUUAAAUAAAAUUGCUUUCUUUGUUUU